CAACUGGGCGCGAUGUGGCCGGGGCGUGGAAGCGGCUGCCUUGCUUGUUCUGCCCCACGUGGGUGGGUGCAACAUGGCUGGCUUUGUGGAUCUGAACAUCCCCCACUUGCCGGAAAAGGAGGCACUGCAGAAGUUGGUGGAAGCCGCGGCGCACCUUGGCUACUCAACUGUAGCAAUCAAUUAUGUUGUUGAUUAUGAAGAAAAGAAAAAGGAAAUUGUCAAGCCAAUAUCUCCUGGUGAAUUGUUUCCAACUUUGCCUCUUGUGCAGGGGAAAUCCAAGCCAAUUAAGAUUUUAUCAAGGCUGACGCUUGUUGUUUCUGAUCCGUCACACUGCAACAUUUUGAGAUCAUCAUCUACAAACAUAAAGUUUUAUGACAUCUUUGCUGUAUUUCCUAAGAAUGGAAAACUCUUCCAUGUGGCUUGUACAACGUUAGACGUGGACCUUGUGUGUAUCAAUGUAACAGAAAAGCUUCCCUUCUAUAUCAAGAGACCAUCUGUCAGUGUGGCAAUUGAUCGAGGCAUCUACUUUGAACUUCUUUACGUGCCUGCCAUCAAAGAUUCAACUAUGCGAAGGUACACCGUUUCAAAUGCACUCAGCCUGAUGCAAAUCUGCCGGGGAAAGAAUAUUGUUCUAUCCAGUGCAGCAGAAAGGUCUUUACAUCUCCGAGGUCCAUACGAUGUGGCAAAUUUAGGUUUCCUGUUUGGACUGUCAGAAAGCAAUGCCAAGGCAGCCGUUUCAACAAAUUGCCGAGCUGUCAUUCUUCAUGGAGAAACCAGAAAGACAGCUUCUGGAGUGGUGUAUACAAAGAAGAAACCUCGGACUCCUGAAGAAGAUGAGUCCUCUCCUGUCAGUAAAAAAGCCAAGACGACUUUGUGACAAGCAUGUUGUCUGUAGCAUCCACCAACACAGUUGCCAUAUUUGAUUGGCUCGAUGGCAUAGUUUACAUUUAUAAUACAACAUUUGUGCUUGAAGGAAGAUAACAAUAUGUCUUGUAGCAGAGCUUCAGUUGGAUUAUGUGGAACAGUUUUGACUGUGGACAUUGAAUACAUUAUUUACUUUUUGAAGGAGAUAUUUCUUCUCAAACACCUGCUAGAAAUGGAAAUAUAAAGUUUAGGGAAACAAGAGAUCAUGUGUAUAACGUUUUUCCUCCCAAGACUUCUUGAAGGUUCAGUCAUCAUCCCCAGUAUUAAACAUACAACUGGGAAUGGAAAUUUCUCAGUGGCUCUGUCAUUCUGGGUUGCUCUGUCAUCUUGGCAUCUGUUUAUCAAGCUAUGUAAUCAUGCUUAAAACGAUUGCCAAAACAUUCUUGGUUUGUUGCUUUCAAAUUUUCUUUGUUCCAGGAAACAGAACAAUGAGUGCAUUAUAUUGAUUGUGUCUGGGUCGUACCUGACUUUGUGUAGUAUGUGUCUGUUUAGCACAUUUUUCCAGUUGUGAAUGUUUUGUAAACUCCUGUAUGUUAUCCACUUAACAGCUGCGGGUCCUUGGACUGCAAUAAAGUGUGUGUGUGUGUGUG